CGUGCUGCUUCAAAGUUAUGGACGAAGCCUCCGGAAUCUGCUCGGAGAAUGUACUCGAAGAAAGUUUUGAUUCUUGUAUAUGGGCUGGGGGACAGUCCACAACCACCUUUCGGAAGAAUAUGAUUGGAGAUACAGAAGGUUGUGCAAUUAUGCUGGCAGAAUAUGCCAAGGUCACGGUGGAAGAAAACUCCAUUGGAGGAAAACACGUCAAUGGCCUCCAAGCUGGUGACUACGCUGAUUGCAUCGUGAAAAACAACACCAUAACUAAAAGCUCUGGAAGUGGGAUGGUCCUUCAUGAUCACUCAACAGGUUUCUUUACGAGCAACCAGAUCAUUGGAUCAAGCCUAGCAGGUGUUGGUAUCAGAGACCACUCAGAACCUGUUUUCAGCCUCAAUUCCAUUUCUGAAGGCCUUGGCAGCGGUUUAGUGCUCCUUGGAAAUGGCUGCGGUGUGAUUGAAAGAAACAGAAUCUUCAAGAACAGAUGUGCAGGAAUCGGCUUGAAGGGAUUCUCCCAGGCAUUGUUUGAGAGCAAUGUUGUUUCUGCUAAUGAAGGAUACGGUAUCUGGUUACAAGACGAUUCUAGCGGUUCUUUCCAGAACAAUUCUAUUGAAGGAAACGGAAAAGCAGGCUUUGCUGUUAGUCAUCGCGCUCAUCCACACGUGUAUGGGAACUCGAUCGUUGGAGGAAAGCAGAUUGGAAUUCUCUUGCAGAAUGAUGCAACUGGUGACUUUGAAAACAACAAGAUUUCGUCGAACCGGACAACCAACGUACUCUUGUUAGGCCGCUGCAAGGGGGUUUUCAUCAAGAAUCAUGUCAGCGAUAGUGCUGGUGGUGGAGUGCUUUUCAGAGGAGAUAGCAAGUGUAUCCUGAAGAGGAACAUGAUCGAGGGCAACAACCGUGCAAACGUUGCUGUUUUGGAUCGAUCUCAGCCAUUUUUGGAGGAGAAUGUCAUCCAAGGAGGGAAUGGCAGAGGAAUAGUUGUAACCGGUAACUCUGCCGGAGAAUACGUGGGCAACAUAGUGAGAAUGCAUCAUCUAGCCGGAGUUUACGUCGGUGGAAAUGCAGAGCCCAAGAUGGUGUGCAAUAUUGUUGCCGACUCUGGAGCUUCGGGUGUCGUUGUUGAAGAUCAUGCUCGUGGAUGCUUCUCAGACAACUCCAUGAUUGGGAACGCCAGCGCAGCUGUCGCUGUCCAAGGGUACGCUUCACCUAAGAUGGAGAGAAAUGUGGUUCUGCACAAUGGCAGGGGUGGCAUCUGGCUCGGUGAAAAGGCGAGCGGCGUGUUCGAUGGUAACUACGUGGAAGAGUCGAAGUCGGGCUGGAGGAUCGGGCAUGAAGUCACUGCCAAAGUUCUCCAGAUUCCCAAGAAUGCGUCUAAGUGCUAUUCUGCAGACGAGUUCCAGGAUCGCAUCAUCCAGGCGAUCAAGGGCUGCACAUCGUGCAUUCAUUCUGAGAAGAUCGUGCUUGUGGAGAACCCUGGGGGCUCGUGUGCCAUUCCAGCUCUUGGCACCUCAGUCGCUGAGAACUGGCCGGCGGUCUCAGUGCAGAACGUUGCUGGUUGAACGAGUGCUGCUGGUGGGAUUUCCAACCCGUUUGGAAUUAACGAGCUGUGAGAUGCUCGAUUUUUUUUUCUGCAACUCUCGAUUUUUUUGCUGCAACUAUGAUGAAAGUGUUUUGUGUACCAAAUGUAAUCUGGUUUUAUUGUACUAUGAAUAUUAUCUUCUAAUACAUGCUGAAAGAC